UCCAAUUUAACUCUAGAAUAAGAUUUGCUUUUGCUGCUAAGGAAUGGACAUUCAACAGGUCAUGUUGUUGUUUUCAAUCUCUCAGAUGACCAUCCAAGGACCUAACAACACUCUUUCAUAAUCCAUCGCGCAUAUAGAAGGCAAGACAUGAUCUUCAGGCAAAGAAGUGACUUUCAGGCAGAGAAAAGCAGAACUGAAACUUCAGUACCUGAUUCUUACUUUCAUUUUCCUUCUCUACAGUUAGGUGCUUCUCUUCUGAAGCUGUGGGAUGUAUAACCCUUUGCCAUCUUUCAUGAUUCAAAUCCUAAGUUUAGUUUCUCUGGCACAGAGGAAAAAUGGCUAUCGCAUAGCAUUAUUCACCUUCCUUCACCAAAGCAGGUCAGCUGCAUGAACAUCCUACAUGUGCAACUGUAGACAUGGAGAAGAGCAAAUGGUUCGUCAUCAUUGUGGCACUCCUUACAGACAACGCUGUCUCAGCAAAUUUUGACGUCACCUCUCCCCAGAGCAUAACAGGGCUUGUUGGCCAGGACAUAGUCUUUCCCUGCCAAAUCUCUUCCACAAAGCCGCUGGACAGUAUUGAAGUGCAGUGGAAGAAAAUCACAGCGGGACAAAUAGAGAAUGUCCACCUAUACAAACAACAGAGUGGUGACACGCCAGGGCCAAAUUAUCGUGGGCGAACUGCAUUGCCAAAGGAUGGAUUUGCCGCUGGGAAAGUGCCUCUAAUACUGAAGAGAGUCAAACCAGAAGAUGAGGGAACAUAUAGCUGUAUCGUGAAGUCCAGGGACUGGAGUGCUGAUGCAACCACCUUGCUCAGCAUUGCAGCUAACGGCAAAAUAUCCCUCGAAAUAUUGGGUCCUGAAGGGCAAGGGGUCAAGCUGGCCUGCAGAUCACAUGGAUGGUUCCCCAAACCUGUCGUCCAGUGGGUUACUCGGAAUGAGCAGAACCUUUCUUCUGACACUGCAAUACACAAGGACAGUGAGCAACUCUUCAAUGUGCUGAGUCAAAUCACAGUUACAGGAGAGAAAAUGGGGGAAGUCACCUGUCAAAUCCUGAACACCUUGGUGCAGACGAAAGAGGAGACUAGCAUCCGUCUCUCAAGUGCUGCUUUUCCACGAACAUCUCCCUGGUUGUCUGCCUUCUGGAUAUUAUUUACCUUAUUUCUCCUCUUAGUUGCUGCCAGUGCUUUUAUGGUCUUUAAAGCAAGACAGAGGACUUCUAAGGAAAAAGCUGAAGAAGAAAAAGAGAAGUUAAAGACACAAGCCUUUCAGGAGCUGCAGGAUCAGUGUGAGUUCAGAAAUGCUCGAAGCUACAUGGUGCCCAUCACCUUGGAUACAGUGUGGAAACACCCUGAACUCACUGUUUCCUCUGACCAGAGAACGGUCCAGCACAAGUCUUCAGCCCAGGAGCCAGCUGUUGAGCAUCAGCUCCCCAUCGUGCUGGCAAAGGAGGGCUUUGACUCUGGGCGGUGGUACUGGGAGGUGCGGUUGUGUGAUGGGCUGGACUGGGAGGUGGGAGUGCUGACAGAGGCCAUGAGGAUGAACCUGAAAGGCGGAAGCUGGCAAGACCUCCCUAAGCACGGCGUCUGGUCACUGAAGAGGGUAAAGGGGGAUUUUUGGCCUGAAGAGGCCAAUGCUGUGAUACAGGCAAGAACUGAAAAACCAGCAAUGGUUGGGGUGGACCUGGACCUUUCACAGAGCACACUCUCCUUUUAUGACGUUGCAGUUGCAGCCCCUAUCUUGAAAAUUCCCAUUGAAGGGUCAACAAGGUUGUAUCCAUUCCUAAGGCCAGGCCUCGGUGAGGCAGGAGAGAAUGGGAAACCCCUCAGCAUCAACAACAACACAGACUGGGAUUGCCCGCAAACAUUUAAGAAAACUAUGAGAUAGGCAAAAGCCAGCUGAGCUGUAGUAAAUCCUCCAGUCACCAUGGAGAGGGAGAAGAGAGAGUGCAAGAGAGCAGCCAGAGCAGGACAGUGUUGGCUCCAAUCUGUUGGCGCCAAUCAAACUCUGGUGGUGAGAGUCAGGCAGGCUUGGACUGAGGGAUUCAGGAGGGCCGCAAGGUAGAGCUGUGCAUGACCUCUGCAGUGCAAUGCCCCCCUUGCCUCCAGAGAAGAGCCAUCAGGAGCCAUCAACCUGGACAAAGGACACUCACAGCCUCUGCAGCUACCCAUCUUCCCAUUUUCACUGUUCCCUGGUGUUUGUACUCCAUGUCUCUCUUCAUUAAAUGGGAAGUGAAAUAUGAA